AUGACAAACCCUGAACGACCCGCUGAGCUGAAGAACGAAGAUCUGCAGCAGCUGAUCUAUGAAGACCCGAGCCAAUUUUCAUGUCAACUGGUCGCAUCCGAGCUGCUGUCCAAAAGAACCAUCAUCAGACAUCUCUACGACCUCGACAUGAGUCCAGCUGCUACUAGUGAGAGUAAUUUGUCGAGUUCACCUGGCUACGCAGGCGUAGGCAUGGCUGCUGUCACUCCUAAGACUUAUGCCAGAACACUUCUCGACAUGUACCACCCUGUCCAAACUAUGGUGGAUAAGAUGUGCAGCAGGACCAUCUAUGAGAUGCUGAAGAAGGAUCCAGGAGAGGUGGGCUGCAUAUCCCGUGCCAUCACAACGAGUGAUGGUGCAUGGCUAACCAGGGGAUCCCACAGUAAAAAUUCCUCAUUUAUCAUCAGAGAUUUUCUCACAGGUGGGUAUCUAUCAGCUGAAGGAUAUGCAGCCAGUGAAGGAUUUCGGUAUUUGAAGACUCGUGGAGUCCAUGUUGAGGUUAACUGGCAGGAUAAGGACUCCACAAGUAAGCUCAGCUUCCGAGAGGCUUACCCCGACGAAGCAUUAUCCAAAAUCAUGAUUUGUGGAGGCCAUGCAGCUCGAUCGCAUACCAACGUCCUCCAAAAAUAUGCUGGUCAAAAGACAGUCACGAAAGCCUUUGCCGACAACCACAAAUCUCUCUUCCCCAAGUUGGUUCUUGAGGCCCAAAAGAGUGAAUCCAAGAAGAAGUAUCGCGUGAGGAUGAAGAAGGCGCGUUUAGAGGAAAAUGAUGAGAGGAAGCGUUGGAUGAAGACCCAGGCAUUCACUCACGAUUAUGGCAGUGCAGAGGACGAAAGUGAAGAAGAAGUAGAAAUUGAAGAACUAGGGGAGGAGAUAGGAGCAUGCAACGAGGCUAUCCUUUUCACAUCGAAUCUUCUUGUAACAGCUACAAAAGAAGUCUAG